CUUUAAAUCCAACCAUGGAUCCUCUCUCUGUAUAUGAUUGCUCCGCAACACUGGCUUUUCUUUCCCUGUAAUCUAUUGAUCAUCAAAAUAAAUGUUGUCUAAAUUUAUUGGAUGCGCUCUCUCUUAGUUAGGACUCGCUUCCUUGUAUGGCUGGAUGAGAUAAAGAGACAAGGAUACUCACCAAUGGAAGUUUAUUUGCACGAACUUAUAGCGCCACAAUAUGUUUGAUAGCCAUGAAUCUCGUAUCCAAGCAGGAGGGAACGGGUGGCGCGAUGCCAAAUGCCCGCUGAUGCCUCGAACAUGAAUCCAAUCGGGUGGCGCGAUGCGUAUCGAUUCGUUCUCCGUCGACCGAUACGUCUCUCUUAUGCGCUCCUGUCUCGACACCCGGGACGUGAAGUCUGGGAAAUCCGUCCAUUCUCUGCUGGUGAAACUGAAUCUUCGCGUUGGCAUCUUCCUCUGCAAUAAUCUGAUCAACUUUUACGGCAAAAAUGGUCUUGUUGAAGAUGCACGCAGAUUGUUCGACGAAAUGCCUGAGCGGAAUAUCUCUUCGUGGAAUACCGUCAUCUCCAUGCACGCCAAAUGCGGGCAGCUUGGAGUUGCACGAAAAUUGUUCGACGGGAUGCCCGAACGAGACUCGAUCUCAUGGACAGCCAUGAUUGUAGGCAUGAAUCUUUCCGGCCUACAUGAACAUGCCAUCGGGCUUUUGCUAGAGAUGAUACGGGAGGGUGUGGUCCCUACCCAGUUCACGUUCACCAACAUCCUUGCUUCUUGUGCUGCGCUUGGUGAUUUAGAUACUGGCAGGAAGGUGCACUCCUGUGUGGCCAAGUUUGGACUGAGUGCAUAUGUCUCUGUUGCUAAUUCGCUUCUCAACAUGUAUGCCAAGUGCGGUGACCAGGAAGUUGCGCAAGCUGUGUUCAACAGUAUGCGGGUGAGGAGCAUCUCGUCAUGGAAUUCUUUGAUUUCUUUGUAUGCGCAGUCUGGUCAGAUUGAACAAGCUAGAGAGCUGUUUGAAACAAUGUCUGAUCGAGACUGUGUCUCAUGGAACUCAGUAAUUGCUGGGUACAAUCAACAAGGAUUUGACUUGCAGGCACUGGAAUUAUUUGUUCAGAUGCAAAACCAUCAUGUUAGAGCUGAUAGUUUUACAUUAACCAUUACUAUUACCGCUUGUGCCAAUCUUGAAUUCUUGAAGACAGGCACGCAGCUGCAUGCCUAUAUCAUAAAAUUCUGUUCGAUUCUUAUGGUCCCCUUAGAAAUGCCUUAAUUGCAAUGUACUCAAAGUCAGGUAGGCUAGAAAUUGCUCGUAAAAUUGCUGAUGGGACACAUGAUCUUAAUGUAAUUCCAUUGACUGCACUUAUGCACGGCUACAUCAAAUUUGGUGAAUUGCAGCUUGC